AUGUCUUUCCUUCCACGGUUCUGCGCAGAUAUAAGACCGCAGGAUGAAAAUCUUUCUGCUGCCGAUGCAUCCAACUACAGAAAACCAGGCUUAGGUACAGUCCAGCGGAAGAAAAGUGGCUUGAAACCUGAACUUACAGAAGAGCAAAAGCAGGAGAUCAGAGAAGCUUUUGAUUUGUUUGACACUGAUGGAUCUGGAAGCAUCGACAUAAAAGAACUGAAGGUUGCGAUGCGUGCCUUAGGUUUUGAGCCAAAGAAGGAAGAGAUUAAGAAGAUGAUAGCAGACAUUGACAAGGAAGGAAGUGGCACCAUCAACUUUGAAGACUUUUUGGCUAUGAUGACACAAAAGAUGAGCGAAAAGGAUUCAAAAGAAGAAAUCCUGAAAGCUUUCAGAUUAUUUGAUGAUGAUGGCACAGGAAAAAUUUCAUUCAAAAACUUGAAAAGGGUUGCCAAGGAGCUGGGAGAAAAUCUAACAGAUGAAGAACUUCAGGAAAUGAUUGAUGAAGCUGAUCGAGAUGGAGAUGGGGAAGUAAGUGAGCAGGAAUUUUUGAGAAUCAUGAAGAAAACUAGCUUAUACUAGUAUUUGUUGCCUUGCUAUACAGCUGGUCCAAAAGAUAACC